AUGGAGGACCCAUUUACCGACCUAUCAGCCACGACUCCAAAGCCAUCUGGGUCCUCUCGUUUCUCAAGCAUGGAUCCUCCACCUCAUCUCUCGUUGCCUACAUCUUCGCCCUCUCAGGUGAAGCGUACGCUGGAAGCUCACCUGCAGGAGGUCAAUAAGCGGAUUGAAACCGCUGCAGCACUGGGCCGGACAUUACUUGGGCAACAACAGCAGAUCGAGGAGAGGAUAAAAGAAGUACAGGAGGGGGGAGAGCAGAUAGAUCCCGAGCUUAAGAAGAAAUUAGUGGAGCUAGAGAAGGAGUACAAUGAGGUUGGACGGGAAAGUGCUAGGGCUGUUCUGACAAACAAGAUUAUGGCAGGCAAUGGUGGGAAUAGUGGAAACACUUCGCCUUACGGAGCUGGGAAUCUUAGUGGUUCACCGUCUUCAACCCUACAAACGCAGGGAACUAGUUCGCCUAGCAAGCUCUCUGUUCCUCCCCCUCGUCGUCAGCGAAAUCAGCCUUCACGGCAAAAUGACUUGGAAUUUGCUACUGAACUUGGGCAGGGGCUCCUUGUCGAGGUCCGCCGGUUACAAGGCUUGCUUUCGGAACGCGAAGAGAGCUUGAAGAACGUUUCAACAGAAAAGUUGAGGCUCGAGCAGCAUGCGGAGAAUUUAGAGUCCCGGUUGAAGUCACUUGAUGAGAGUGAGCAGAAGUUCAAGGAGGAAAACUGGAAUCUUGAACUCACCGUCCAGGAUUUGAACAGUCAGGCUGCCGCACAGAGGGAUACGGAGACCAAAUUGCAUGCACAGAUUUCACAUAUGGGACACGAGAAAAAUAUGGUGAUCAAGGAGCUCGAUGACUGGAAGCACCAAAAUGAGAAGCUUUACGAGGAUUUGGAGGCAGAGCACAAGCAUCACGAGGUUGAACUUGCCGCUAUGAGACGGAACCUGGCUACGAAUGAGGGUGAACGCCAUUCCCUGCAGAAUAAGGUUGACGAGCUGAAGCAACAACUGGAAGAGAGCCAAAGGAAUAGUCUUCGAUUACGCCAGUUGGAGCAACGGUCAGAUGGGGAGGAUACACUCAAUAAACCCUUUGACCUAGAGCCUACAGAAACUACUCCGGAGAACUCACCCCCUCCUUCACCGACUAAACAGACACCUAGGCAUACCAUGCUUGAGGCUGAGACUGUGAGGUCAAGUCUUAAUCAUGCGCACAGGAUGAUUGCCACUCUCAAGAACAAUGUGCACCGAGAAAAGACAGAGAAGGCAGAACUCAAACGCAUGCUCCAGGAGGCUAGGGAUGAAUUAGAAACGGCAAGGAACGGCUUGGGGAGUGGCCCAUCAGUGAGUACUGGAAAACGGCGAAAGAAUGACGGGUUCUUCAGGAAACCCAUUCUCCGCCCAAAUGUGAACCCAGGUCUCCUUGGUGGGCCAAGAAAGAGCAGGGACGAAGUGACAAUGGUCGAACCACCUGUAGAAGAGGAGUGGGAAGAGACUGAGGAUCUUGUACCUGAUCCUCCACAGACACCACGUGGGCAGCAAAAUAAAUCAGCUUUCGACCGAGGGAGUGAUGACCGGGACGCAACCGAUGCCUUUGAAACUGCUGACGAACGUGGUGCUAAUGCUACCGAGACCGAGGCUUUCCAGACUGGCAAUGAGAGCCCUAUGGCUGAUUAUCCGACAUCUGCCGAUGAGCUUACCGAAACCGAAACCAGCCCUGCACUCAAAUCGAAGGCUUCACGUGGAUCGGCGUUCGGCGUGCGAUCCUUGAGGUUGAACAAGAGCCGUUACCGUGAUAGUGUUGCUUCUACUGGCUCAACUGAAGAUGACGAUGACCAUGGAUAUCGUUAUGGAAGUUUCGGGCCCGGCAAUGAUGAUGGUAUGGAGGGCUCAUCUGAGAUGAUGAUUGGCGGAAAUCACCCAACCAACCCGCGCCUGAAAUUGAGAAUCAACAGAGCCCGAGGUAGGGGAGGGCCCAGAGUCUUAUCAGGGAGUAGCUUGUUCAGCGAUAGGCCGAUGUCUGCGGAUUCAAGUCCAGGGGGAGGGUCGCCGGCCGGUGUGCACCAGAAACUAUCCACGCCCGGUGAGCGAAAGAGCUUAUUCGCAGAGCUGGGCGAUACUCCAAUGUUGGGCGCUGAUGGUGACGAAGAUGAGGAAGAGGACGAGGAUAUGGAGGAGCCCGAUACACCAACAAAGAGGCUCCUCCCGUAUGUCCAGAUGGUUGAUUGUGCUGUCAUGACCGAGGAACCAUACCCGAAUCAACAGAACCAGCAGUCACGUGGCGUCUUUGAUGAGCAUGAACGACCGCGGGCUGCCGUUGCUAUUAAGGGGGCAUCUCCGACCGUUUCAGUUGGAGUGCAGUCAGAUCCCGAGCCGGAAGUCGUGAAGCCGAAGGUGGCCGAUGCGGCGGUCCAGAGUCUGGAAGAGCCUAAGCCCGCUGCUGGUGGGAUCGGGGUCCAAUUAAAAGCUGCCGAGACUGGAACUCAGUUUGGUGAAGAGUUGAUGAGGGAGAAUACCGUUGCGCCUCCGUCUCCGCCCGUUGCUGUGCCAGAAGCUCAGGGACCAGCUACGAAGGGCGCAGAGACACAGUAUGAUCCAGAAUUGAAGGCGAUAAGUAAGGCUGAUAAGAGUUUGCUGCCCCUGCCUGUGCCUCUUCCGCUUCUCGUUCCUGGUAAAGGUAGUUCCGUGCCCCCACCAUUAGUAAAGAAUGUGAGGAGUGUUGAAACACAGUUCGAACCUAAACUAGCGGCCAUCGAUACUAGAGGCACCUCCUCAACUGUUGGAAGUGGUACACAAACAGUUCCCGAGGAGGACCUGUCACCCGUGAUCCGCGCUGGGACUAGCCAGAGUGAAUUGGAAGAGGCGAUUGAGAGAGCAAUGAUGACUCCGGCGAAAGAGAACGAGAUCGUACCCAUUCCACCUCUUGAGUUCUCCAAAAUUAACACACAAGCCACUUCCCCCAUUGAUCCCUCUACUCCUGUCAAAUCUCCACGCGCGGUUCUUCCCGUCCCUACUCCUGCUGGAGGCGUUGAUGCAUCUGGCUCGUCCGAUGAGGAAACACCCAAGAAGGUUUCUGAGAGUGUGGAGGAUUCGCAGCGAGUGCCAUCAACACCAAGCCCGUCAACCACCACUACACCCGAGAGGGCGGGCUUCUUUGGAUCUGUGUUUGGCGGUUGGAGGAGGAGUGGGUCUACUGCGUCGAAACCGGAGACACCCAUUCCUGUUGAAAAUGAUAAACCUCAAGCUGCGAGGAAUCUCUUAAAGACCGACCUUGCAAAGACGUGGGUGGUACCUCAGGCACCUGAGGCACCUGGGGAGACGCAGGAGGCGCAGGAGGUGCAGGGGGCAGUGGAGGCAGCGAAGAUACCAAGGCCAGAGGGCUCUAUAGAGCCACAAGAGCCGCAAGCACCACCACCACCGCCACCGCAGGCCUCACAGGAAUCAAUGGUGCCAGUACCGCAGGCCGCACAAGAAUCAAUGGUGCUGCAAUUACCAAAGCCAGUUCCUAUGUUGGACCAAAUUGUCCAGACGGAUAUAACUUCGGAGUUUAUUGACGAGUUAUCCCAGAAUGCAAAGAAGCUUGAUAAGGGUAAACAGCCAGCAUAUAUGGUCGGUGCUGGCGAAACCGGUGUCAACACAGAAAAAACUUCGACGCGGGGGGCAAGUCUCCGAUCAGGAGCCUCACAGGAGAGUAUCAGUCGUACCGGUGUUAGGGCCGUCGGAGCCGCUGCAAUUGGUAGUGAGCCACCUCGGCCGAAUCCCAACGCCGCACUUAGGCGUCCUGGGAGCUCGUCUAGCAUGCGGGAGGGCCGCAAUGCCCACCCUCCUCUACCACAGGAUCACAAGGAGGUUAUCGCAGCGGCGCAGCAGAAGGUUUUUGCUUCACACGAGCCCGGAUUAAUGGGACCGCCUCCAGUGCCCUUAUCAAGUGCAGGAUAUAAGGGAAGUGUGACCUUUAGGCCCCUCCCCCCUAGUCAAGAUGGUCCAUCACGGCCGCCGGAGACCCCAAGCUCCAGGGGCGGUACUACUCCUCGGCCGAGGUUCUCCACCACGAGAAGUGAGGUUUCAUCGCCCACGUCUCGUCGAUCAUCGCUUUCUUCAUUCGCAUCUGAGCUAGACGAAAAGUUCAAUAUGCAAGCACAGAAUACCAAUGGCUCACCAAGUGGACCCGAGAAUGCCACAGAUCCCCGGAUGAUUCAAGCCAUUACACAGACGAUGAUAGGAGAGUACCUCUGGAAGUACACAAGGGCUACGGGGCGCGGAACCCUAUCCACGAGUAGGCACAAGAGAUUCUUCUGGGUUCACCCUUACACACGAACCCUUUAUUGGAGUGAUCGGGAUCCUACCACUGCUGGAAGAGCCGAACUAAGGGCGAAGAGUGUGGCUAUCGAGGCUGUUCGGGUUGUUACCGAUGAUAACCCGAUGCCACCUGGAUUGCACAGAAAGAGCUUGAUUAUUGUUACGCCUGGAAGAUCGUUGAAGUUUACAGCAGCUACGGGACAGAGGCAUGAAACAUGGUUUAAUGCCCUUUCAUAUCUUUUGCUGAGAACUGGCGGUGGAGUUGAUGAUGAGAACGGUGUCACUGCCGAAGACGUCAAUGAUUUCAAUCCAGGUUAUCAAGGUGCGGGACGUGGGGCUGUCAGUGUGUCUUCUUUCAACUCUCGAACCACUCAUGGCUCCUCACCACCACCGCGAAACCUUUCCUCGCUUUCUAACCGACGACCCGGGGAGAGUUCAAUGCGUCAAGGCAGUAUGUCUAGACUGAGCAAUAUCUUUAGGACUACUUCUGGGUUGGCAACGUUUAGCUCCCGAAGUAGCCGACACAACGCUAGCAUAUAUGGCACUAGUGAAGUGAAUGAUUCUGCCGAAGAGUUGAGGCUUCAAAUUGAGCGAGAAGAGAGAGAGGCAGACCAAUUAGAGAAUGUUCGAGCCUGCUGUGAUGGAAAACACGAUGUGAGCACCCUCACCAAAAAGGGCCGAAGAAGCACCCAAAGUGCUAGAGGAAGGGAUGAGCAUAACCACAACCAUAGCCACCAACCCCAUGCCCACACCGUGAGCGGCCAUGAGCGCAAUCAUUCACACAGCUGAGAUAUGGCCGACCGAGCAAUCGGAUCGAUCAAUCCCCCUCUCAUCUGUAGUAUUUUUAUUCAUUCUCCCUCUUUCCCUCCUGCUUGUUGCUGUUUUUAAAUCUGGGUUCUGCGUGCUUCCGUAGUUUUAUCAUUCUAGGGGAAAUUGUCUUGCUCUUUUUUUUUCCUCCUCUCCUUGAAUCAGUCAAUCAUCCUCACCGAAAAGCCUUGAGGUCUCUCUUUUCUCCUUUUCCUUUCUCUCGAAACCCGUUCCCGUGCUCUUCACCAUACCUACCAUCCACAUUCAUCAAAAACCUAGAAAAAAUCACCCCCUUUCUUUCUCUUUCUGUUCCUCCUUUUUCUCUUCUAUCAAAGCUCAAUCGUAAUUCUACCCUCUUUUCCGCGCGACCUUUUCCUUACAUUUUUUACCCUUUCCCUCUUCAAUUCAUUCUAUGAUACCGCCAUCGCAUAAGUCUAUUAGUUACCCAUGAAGAUUAUCACCAUCUUAAGAAGAGACAAAAUUGCCGCCAUAGCUCGCUCUUCUGAAGAUAGCACUUAUUUCAUCUUUCAUCCCGUGUUUUGUUAUUGCAUUCUUUCACUUGCUCGCUUGCUUUGCUUGAAGGAAGGGUAGGAAGGAGCAGGGUUGCUAAAUGAAAUGACCUGAUACGCCUUUCUCUUUCUUUUCCUUCCCCUUCCCUUUCCCGUUUUGUUCUGUUUUGUUUUCACGGCUUUGUACCAUCCGCGAAUCCGAUAAAAACACAGCAUAUUUCGAAGUACAACUUA